UGGAUAAGAGGGUCUGCUAAAUUACUAAAAUGUAAAUAACUCUAGCAUUACCCAACAAACAUUAAAUUGGAAUGACCUUGCUGUAAAAAUGUUGGCACCGAAGUGUCCAUGGAGGUGUGGUUUAAUUUCUGAUCUAAAUGGGGCGGAAGGUAGCCUAGUUAGAUCGUUGGACCAGUAACCGAAAGGUUGCAGGAUCGAAUCCCCGAGCUGACAAGAAAUCUGUACAAACAGUUCCAGGCGGAAGUGGUCGGUCUUUUGAUUACGUCACUCCAUCGAAUAAGGAAGGGGACGUCAUCUUAAACGGUGAGUUGGAAGGGCUCUCCAACCCUGUUCCUGGAGAGCUGCCGUCCUGUAGAUUUUCAGUCCAACACCAGUUGGGUGUCAGAGUUUUUCAAUAUGUCGUGGAUAAGGGAAGGUGAAUUGAACCUCAUUGAGAAGCUCUCAGCCAACAUACUGAAGGCUGGCCCGAUGCCCAAACAUGUGGCCUUUAUCAUGGAUGGCAACCGGCGCUACGCCCGCAAGCGUCAGGUGGAGCGCCAGGAGGGCCACACACAGGGUUUUGACAAACUGGCAGAGACACUACACUGGUGCCUGAACCUGAGCAUCCAUGAGGUCACCGUGUACGCCUUCAGCAUCGAGAACUUCAAGCGGUCUAAAGACGAGGUGGACGGCCUGAUGGAGCUGGCCAAGCAGAAGUUCAUCAGACUUCUAGAAGAACAGGAGAAUCUGGAGAAGCAUGGGGUGUGCAUCCGGGUGUUGGGAGACCUGACUCUACUGCCUCUGGACCUGCAGCAGCAUAUAGCCCGGGCUGUGGUGGCCACCAGGACUCACAACAAAUGCUUUCUGAACGUGUGCUUUGCCUACACCUCAAGACAUGAAAUUGCUAAUGCUGUCAGAGAGAUGGCUUGGGGCGUGGAGCAGGGACUUAUCAAAUCCAGUGAUGUGUCGGAGGCCCUGCUGGGUCAGUGUCUGUACAGCAGUAAUUCCCCCAAUCCUGAUCUGCUCAUUCGCACGUCUGGAGAGGUGCGACUCAGUGACUUCCUGCUGUGGCAGACGUCCCACUCCUGCUUAGUGUUCCAGUCAGUCCUGUGGCCAGAGUACUCCUUCUGGAAUCUGUGUGAUGCCAUUCUGCAGUAUCAGCUCAAUCACAGACCUCUUCAGAAAGCCAGAGAUCAACACAGAGAGGGACAGGCCCUACAGCAGCUUGAGGCAGACCGGGCCUGUGUAGCAGACCUCCUACAGCACCACGGCAAUGGAAAGCCCCUGGAUGCCCAGAGGAGACAGGAAGCACUGCUCAACUACACUGCCAGCCGAGAGGAACGGGUUCAGGACUUCCUUGGUGCACUCCAGCACAAGAGAGACUCCUUCCUUACUGACUUAACCAGCCAAGCUGCUCUGGCAUAAGGAGGGGAACACAAUGCUCCCCAUCUUGAAUUGGGGGAGCAAUCCCAUCUCUCCCCUAAAGGGCUGAGUGGUUUGAAACUUCUUAUUUUGUAUGAGUGAUUUUACCCCUAUGGGGCUGCUGUAUGUGGGAUAUUUAUAUGUGUAUUCUAAGUCUGAUCAAAGUCUAAUAAAAAUAUAAGUCUGGUAAAGAGCUAAUGAUUCUA